AUGAAGAAUUUGAACUUGCCCCGUGGAGGGGCUCAAGGAGAGAGGGAGCAAGACACAGCAGUCAUACAGAAGUACACAACAAAACGGAAGUUAACUAAUGUGCAGCAAGAUGAAGAGAUCAAACGACGAAAGACUAUGGAGCACAUUGGCAAGAAUAUCAAAGCCUAUGCUCCUAUGGAUGUGGCAAGUCUUCCUAUAGAUAUUGUGUUUCUCAUUCUAGAUAAGAUGUUAGAAGCAAUUGACCAUGCACGUUUUGCUGUGGUUUGUAAGGAGUGGCAGUCUCUUGCGGAACAGUAUAAUCGUGAAAGGCAGCACUGGUGUAAGGUACAUCCUCCCAUGCUAUGCAUCCCUACCCAAUCUCAUGGCUCCAAUGACAAGACUGCUAUGCUCUACAGCUUGUCGGAAGGAAAACUCUACAGUAAUAUCAAGUUACCAGUGCCAGGUGAUAAUAGGAUCUACUGUGGUCAUGGUUGGAUGGCAAAGUUAGAAUAUCAAAAUCAGUUCUCAGAUGAUGCUAGUCUAGCAAUAACUCUAAUGUAUUCUUUCAGAAAGACAAAAGACAUUCUUCUCCCGCAAAUCCGAGACUACUUGUUUCGUGUAAAGCAAGUUGUGAAGAUUACAUUGUCUGCUGAUCCCACUUUGGAUGGGAACAACUUUCUGGUUCUAGCCAUAUGCGGUGAUAGACUGUACUCCAUCAAAGGAGGACAAAAGUGUUGGACUUGGAAGCCUAUGCUUGACGGGUGCAGUGCUGCUACUUAUUAUGAAGGGCGAGUGUUCUCAGUUCACUGCCUAGAUACUUAUACGCAUAGCAUUUACAACAGUUCAACUCUGCUUUAUGAGAUAAAUCUUCAGGAUCAUAGUCCCUCCUGUCUUGUUCAGACAUAUUUGGUAAAAUCAACAAAGGGUGACUUGUUGAUUGUUGAGAGAUUGUUGGGACCAGAGGAAACCGAUGGACUGAUGAUGCUGAGUUUCAAGGUUAGCAAGUUGGUUUUGAACCAAGAUGGAUCAAUAACACAGCAAGUUGAGGUAAACAACAUUGGGGAUGAGGCAGUUUUCGUGGGCAACGAUCAAUCGGUGUGUGUUUCGGCUUCAAAGUUUCCCGGCUGUCAACCAAAUUCUAUAUACUACACGAAUGAUGUAGUUGUGGAAGGACAAGGAUCAGAAGACAUAGGCAUGUAA